GGGAGACGCAAGAUGGCGGCAGCCGCGAACUCCGGCUCUAGCCUCCCGCUGUUCGACUGCCCGACCUGGGCAGGUAAACCCCCACCUGGCUUACAUCUGGAUGUAGUUAAAGGAGAUAAGCUAAUUGAGAAACUGAUUAUUGAUGAGAAGAAAUAUUACUUAUUUGGGAGAAACCCUGAUUUGUGUGACUUUACCAUUGACCACCAGUCUUGCUCCCGAGUCCACGCUGCUCUGGUCUACCACAAGCAUCUGAAGAGAGUUUUCCUGAUAGAUCUCAACAGUACACAUGGCACUUUCUUGGGUCACAUUCGGCUGGAACCUCACAAACCUCAGCAAAUCCCCAUCGAUUCUACGGUCUCAUUUGGCGCAUCCACAAGAGCGUACACGCUGCGGGAGAAGCCUCAGACAUUGCCAUCAGCUGUGAAAGGAGAUGAGAAGAUGGGUGGAGAGGAUGAUGAACUCAAGGGCUUACUGGGUCUUCCAGAAGAGGAAACAGAACUUGAUAACCUGACAGAGUUCAAUACUGCCCACAACAAGCGGAUUUCAACCCUCACCAUUGAGGAGGGAAAUCUGGACAUUCAGAGACCAAAGAGGAAGAGGAAGAACUCAAGAGUGACGUUCAGUGAGGAUGAUGAAAUCAUCAACCCAAAGAAGCGGGUGGAGGGCCAUGGCUCCCUGGGCCUGGAGGAGUCAGGCAGCAGACGCAUGCAGAACUUUGCCUUCAGCGGAGGACUCUAUGGGGGCUUGCCCCCCACGCACAGCGAAGCAGGCUCCCAGCCACACGGCAUCCAUGGAACGGCGCUCAUCGGUGGCUUGCCUAUGCCAUACCCGAACCUUGCCCCUGAUGUGGACUUGACUCCUGUUGUGCCGUCAGCAGUGAACAUGAACCCCACACCAAACCCUGCUGUCUAUAAUCCUGAAGCUGUAAACGAACCCAAGAAGAAGAAAUAUGCAAAAGAGGCGUGGCCGGGCAAGAAGCCCACCCCUUCCUUACUGAUUUGAUAUUUUUGGUCAUGGAGAAGUGGGGGAUUGAUUGGGUGGGAAUGGGGUGGAAGGGUGACAGAACUAAUGAACUAGGGAGGAAAAUUUCCACGUGUGCAGUAUCGUCUUUGAGAAUGUCUCCUGGGGUCCUAAACCAUGUAAUACUGAGCCCGCAGGUGGGGCUGGACUAGCCCACAAACACCUGUCUUGAGAACGCUUUAGUGUAGACAGAGGAUUUGUGGGUACUUUUAAGUAGACUGCCCUGGCUCUUCCUACCCCUCCUCUCCUUCUCCCUAGGGUGAUUCACAUGCCUUUAGAUGGAAUCCAGACCUGGGGAGGUGACGUGGCCUCGAAAGUCCCAGGUAGCAAAGGAGUUGUCAUGGAUUUCAGGUUGAUCAGUUAAGCUAAGGUUUAAACUCGAAAGUGUUUUCUUGGGUUGGUGGUUUUGAGGU